AUGAUCUCUUCACCAAUUCUAAGAAACUCUGCAGCUACCUUGAGACGCUCUGUGGGCGCUGCCGCGCCCAAGAGCGCCAGUAGGGUGCUCUUGAGAGCUUCUCCCGCCAGAAUCGGACAAUCUUGGGCUGUUAUCGAGACCAAAAGAUUGGUACCCGCAGUUGCUGGCUGGGCCGCUUUCCUCUCUGCCAUGUUGGGAUGGCCCUUUGCUUUAAGAGCUCUUGUGCUGCCCAAGCAACUAGAUUAA